CUCUCAGGACAAGUUGAGCAAUGUCUGUUGCCAGAGAAAAAAGGUCAGGUCAAAGUGUAGCUGACAACUUGAUACAAAAUCAUGGGACUUUCACAGACAUUUGUUACUUGUGAAGCACAGAGGAAUCAGAUGAGCGAAAGAGAGAAGGAGGGAGGGGGAGGGAGAGAGAGGGUCUUCCAUAUUUGCCAGCUUGCUUUACAUAAGCCCCUUCACAGGCCUGACUGAUGGAGACACAGAUGUGGAAGAGGAGCAGCUGUUCUGUGCUCUCAGGUGUAAUUAAGAAAGGGCUCGGUCACACAGAAAGGCCCCCGGGAGGCCCGACAGAGCGACAAGGAAUCAGCACGCCUCAGAGAACAGCAAGAUCUAGCAGCAGGCUUCCUUCAGCUUGUUACACGUCAGCGUGAAGGAUGUAGAGCCAGAGGGGGGGGCAGGAUGGAGUGCUCCUGGAAGACGGUGCUGCUGCUGGUGUGUGCGUCUCUGGGGGUCCAGUACACGGCUAUCCGCACCCUGAGGGACUCGCUGUCUGGACCCUGUCAGGGAGCCUACCACUGCCAGACCAGAUACCACAGAGAUUCCAGGUGGAGAGCCUUGUGCGAUGACAGUUGGAUGCCCGACGAGUCACCUCGGAAGCACAUCCUGCUGUUUGCCACGACUCGCAGUGGCUCCUCCUUCACCGGGCAGCUCCUCAACCAGCACCCAGGGAUAUUCUAUGUGUUUGAACCUCUUUACCAUGUCCAGCAGGCCUUCACCAACUCCAGCAGCAGACUACGUCGCACCCUGGACCGCCGGGCCUUACUGGGAGCAUACAGGGACCUCCUCCUCAACCUGUACACCUGUGACCUUCACUUCAUUGAGAAUUACAUCCGUCCGGAGCCCCAGGACCACGUCACAAAUGCCUUCUUCCGCAGAAGCUCCAGCCACGCCCUCUGUUCCCCUCCUGUGUGCUUGGAAGGAGGGGAUGUAGUGGCCUCCGAUCCGCCUGAUGAAACCUGGUGUCCUAAGAAGUGUGGGGCCCUGAACCUCACCUUAGCCUCUAUGUCAUGUCUGUCAAGGGGACAUAUAGCCAUAAAGACUGUGCGGGUCCCUGAGGUGGGGGACCUGCGUACCCUGACAGAAGAUCCACGUCUGGAUCUAAAGAUCAUCCACCUGGUGAGAGACCCCAGAGCCAUACUGGCCUCACGCAUGAUGGCGUUUUCAGAUCAAUUCCGUGCUUGGAAAAUAUGGAAUGCGACAGGACGGCAGCCUCGAUAUGUCGACCUGUCGCAGAUCACUAGCACCUGUAAGGACAUGGUGGCCUCUGCAGAAACAGGCCUGCAAAGACCGGCAUGGCUGCGUGGACGCUACCUGCUGGUGCGGUACGAGGACCUGGCGUUCAACCCGAAGGACAAGGCCUCUGAGAUCUACAGGUUUGUCGGGCUGGAGAUGGAGGACAGGGUGCGGAUGUGGAUUGCAAAGAACACCAACAGUAACAUGUCGUCUCCGUCUGAGUGGAACUACAGGUACUCCACCACCAGAGACUCCAGAGCCACAGCAGAGAGCUGGAGGCUUCGUCUCGGCUUUGACAUCGUGAGGACUGUGCAGAAUCUGUGCAAUGACACUCUGGCUCUGCUGGGAUAUAAGCAGGCUCACUCUGCAGCUGAACUCAGAAACUUGUCCCAGAGUUUGGUGGAACACAGGACCGUUCAACCAGUCACAUGGUAGAUUUGGUUAAAGGUUUAAAAGAAUCUUGCUGUCAUAUUUAUUUCUGCUGACUUUCCUCUCUGUCAUGAUGCUGAUAAAAUGAAUGUAAUUUAUCUUAUUUUUGAAUAAUGCCUAAUAAGUAAUUUAAUAUCACUUGUAUUUUCACUUUUUAUGAUUUUGUUAAAGAUAUUAAAAGUGCCAAAUUUCAAGUGUGUGUUAUGCUGGAAAAGGUAUUGAUCCAAAAUAAAGUCUAUACUGCUGUAUGUGUUGGUUGAAAACUCUCCUUGUACUUGUACAGCAAAACACAGCAUCCUGAUGUGAUUAAGUUAUAAUGCUGUUUUUUUUCAUGAUUCACUGUUCUCACAAUUUCAGUGUUUACACUGAAGUUUGUACGAGAAAAAAAGACACACAGGAAAAGAGGGGGAUUUAUUUGUAAAAGAAAAAAGAAAUUAUAGGGCUCGCCCCCUAAACGUCUCUAAUGCAUCUUGGAAAAGGAUUAUGUCACAUUGUAGGUAGAAAAUCCUCACUGGUGCAAUCUUCUGCAGCGCACAGCAGCUCUAAUUUCUAUGUGAAGAUGUCCAGAGUAUGAGAAUAUAUUUGUUUUUUCUUUACUAUAAACACUUAAAUUCUGUAAAUACUGAUUAACUGUUGCAUUUCAAGUGUGCAAAUGUUAUGUACUGGAUGUGUUUGGACAUCUUUGUCAGUGUAACUAUACUGUUUAUAUUUUUUAGACUUUUUAAAAUAAAUUAUUCAUAUGUAAGUAA